UUGGCAGACCAGCAGGUUGAUGUUCUGUGCUGCAUGAACAGUGGCUCUAAGUCUUGUCUUAGAAAUAGCUCCUAGGUGUUACAUCCCCUACGGCUUCCCUUCCCGUUGCCCCGGUACCUCUCCUUCCAGCUGGAAUUUAAGCUGCGUGUGUACCAGCACAUCUCAAACCCCUGUGCUGAAUUCGGGAAAGCAAGAUGAUGUUGGGGUUAGAGUUGCUGCCAAAACUAUUGCUGGGGGCUUGCACCGUGCCGUGGGGUGGAUGUGUACCGGCGUGGGUCCCCACACAGCAGGGAGCCCCGGGAAGGCACAGGCGUGCCUGGGCAGCACAGUGCAAUCCCUCAGCACCCCACUCCUCUGCUCACAGUUCUUCGAGGGGAAGGAGCUGUGGCUGAAGCAAGAGUACUUUGUCAUGGCUGCCACCCUCCAGGUCAUCACAUGCCGCUUCAAAGCAUCCAAAUUUGGGAGUAUGGACAGCAUCUGAACUGUGUUUGAUUCCUUCCCUGACCAGUUAUGAGCCAGGGAUGGUCCGACAUAUGCCUUGGAGCUCGUUUUGAUGCCUCUCAGAUAUACACCCAGGGCUGGGGAGGUUUUGUGGACCCUCCAUGAAUGCCUGUGCCCAACUGACUUGGGAAGUGGGAUGCCCACAUGUCCCCCACUCAUCCCCACUGUCACCCCUGCUCUCCCCGCAGGUUGCCAUCCAGCUGAAUGACACACACCCCGCCAUGGCCAUCCCUGAGCUGAUGAGGGUUUUUGUGGACAUCGAGAAGCUGCCAUGGAACAAGGUAAGGAGACCCAACCUGGCCCGUGGGUGCCCUCUGCUUGCACCACCCUCCUGCAGCUGGGGGUCUGGGGACCCAGUCCCGUAGCUGCUGGUGUCCUGGGGAGCAAUGUGGGGCAGUCAGGUUGGGUUUAACCAGCAUGGACUUGGAGGUGCUUCUGGCCACAGUGGGAGGACCAUGUGUGGGUGCCAGCUUUCCCCCUCGCUGCUCACCACUGGCUCUCCCUGCCAGGCAGGCCUGAGACAUCACCAAAUGGACCUUUGCCUACACCAACCACACAGUGCUUCCCGAAGCCCUGGAGCGCUGGCUGGUGGACCUGGUGGAGAAGCUGCUCCCCAGACACUUGCAGAUCAUCUACGAGAUCUGAUCAUCCAGAGGCACCUGGAUGUGAAUGCCUUGGGGCAACCUAGGAGCCCUCUCUGGAGAGGGGGAUGGGGAUGGCAUGCAUUGUACCAUUGGGAUUAGGGGGAUGCACAAACUGGUAAUGUCAGGUGUGUGGCUGAGUGGUUCUGGCUGCUAUUUCAGGAGGCUGGGGUGUAGGAAAGCCCUUUCUCACCAGCACAUUGCCAUCCUGCAGCUGGUGGCUGUUUUAAAGGCUUCACCCAUUGCUCCAAGGACUUACCGGUUGGCAUUGCCUUGCUCCCUAAAUGCUAAAUUCAUCCUGGAGAAGGAUGAGGUUGGGGUACAAGGGAGAUGAUGGUUUAGCCUCCUGGUCUGGCAGCACGAGGCUUUUGGAAAGUGGCCCCCUUAACCAAGCGUGUGCCCACAAGCCCCUCUCCACAGGGGCUGGCGUGUCCUUCUGUCCAGAGGCACCCAUGCGGGGGGAGGGCACCCUUUGGAAAGGGUUUGCACAGUCACUCUGCAGUAAAAGCCACCACUCUGGUUUGUGUGAAACGCACUGGGGACAUUGGGAACCGUUGCGUGGGACAUCGCUGAACACCAGCACCCCUCACCUCUCUGGCCUCCACUGGCAGUACAUCACAUCCCUCUUCCCUAACAACGUGGACUAUCUGCGGAGGAUGUCCCUGAUAGAAGAGGGGGGCACCAAGAGGAUCAACAUGGCUCAUCUCUGCAUCGUUGGCUCCCACGCUGUCAACGGCAUGGCAAAGAUCCACUCCGAAAUAGUCAAGGCUCAAGUCUUCAGGGACUUUGCAGCGUUGGCAGAGAAGUUUCAGAACAAGACCAACGGCAUCAUCCCGCGGCACUGGCUCCUGCUCUGCAACCCGGGGCUGGCAGAGCUCAUCGCAGAGGUGAUGGCAUGGGGGCACCACUUUCCAAGCACGGCUGGCUUUGCUGGGCAGGAGCAGCAUGCUGGAUGAAGGUGGCCACCCCCGUCCCGCCAUCAGCAUGUGCCUGUGCUCCUUUUGCAGAAAACAGGGGAGGACUAUGUGUGGGACCUGAGCCAGCUGACAAAGCUGCACGAGUCUGUGGACGAUGACCUCUUCAUCUGGGAUGUUGCUGACGUGAAGCAGGAGAACAAGGUGAAGUUCGCGCCGUACCUGAAGAAGGAGUACAAAGUGAAGAUCAACCUUUCCUCCAUGUUCGACCUGCACGUGAAGAGGAUCCACGAGUACAAGCAGCAGCUGAUGAACUGCCUGCAUAUCAUCACCAUGUACAACCGCAUCAGGAGGGAUCCUGCAAAGCUGUUCGUGCCAAGGACAGUGAUCACUGGGGGCAAGGCUGCUCCAGGGUAUCACAUGGCUAAAAUGAUCAUCAAGCUCAUUAAUUCUGUGGGUCAUGUGGUGAACAACAACCCCAUUGUGGGGAGCAAGCUGAAGGUCAUCUUCCUGGAGAACUACAGGGUCUCACUGGCAGAGAAAGCGAUGCCUGCUACCAACCUGUCCGAGCAGAUCUCCACAGUGGGCACUGAGGCAUCAGGUACAGGGAACAUGAAGUUCAUGCUGAAUGGGGCUCUCACCAUCGGCAUCAUGGAUGGAGCCAAAGUGGAAAUGGCCAAGGAGGCUGGAGAAGAAAACCUGUUCACCUUUGGCAUGAGGGUAGAGCACGUCAUGGAGCUGGACAGGGAAGGGUACAAUGCCCAGAAGUACUACAACCAGCUCCCUGAGCUGAAGCAACCCACUGACCAGAUUAAGAGUGGCUUCUCCCUACAUGAACCUGACUUCUUCAGAGUCAACAUGCUCUUCCACCACAACAGGUUUAGGUUUGCAGACUAUGAGGCUUGUGUCAAAUGCCAGGAGAAGGUCAGCGAGCUGUACCUGAACUCCAAGGCAUGGACCAAGAUAGUCAUCAAGAACAUCACAGCGGCUGGCAAGUUCUCCAGCGACCACACCAUCAAGGAGUAUGCCCAGGACAUCUGGCACGUGGAGCCCUCUGACCUGAAGAUUCCGCCACCCAACGAGCCCCAGGAUGCAGCUGAGGACAAGACCCCCAGAGGCACGGCAGCGUAGGGGCACAGAGCUGCUGCCAGCCGGAGCCAGGGGACACCAGCACACGUGCUGUAAAGUUGUCUCUGCCAUCUAGUCUCUGUG